GAAGCUAGCUAUCACACUCCGUCUUCUAUCUCUAUGGACAUAGAUCGUUUUCUAUACCAACCCAGUUUUCACUAAAAAGAAGAGGUUCUCUUCAGAGGAUUUGUUUAUCUUUCUCCAUCAUGGGUAAGAUCCACGGCUCCCUCGCCCGUGCGGGCAAGGUCAAGAACCAGACCCCCAAGGUCGCCAAGCAGGACAAGCCGAAGCAGCCUCGUGGCCGUGCGCUGAAGCGCCUGAAGUACACGAAGCGCUUCCUGGCCAAGGCCGUGAAGGCCGGAGAGAAGGUGCACAUGAACAAGCAGCCUCCGGGUAAGGCUGGUUAA